AUGCUUUCUACCGAUGGAGGCGGCUCAGUGCCUCUAGAUCCGAUGACUCUACAUGGAUCCUUUACACGGUUCUGUCUGCAAUACCAUCUCGCAAGCUUACCGCUUCAUGUGCAUCAAGUCCUCAUUGCUUUCCUGACAUACGAAGUCUUAUUCUUGAUCGUCGCUCCAGCAUUCUCACUCGUCUUCCUCCCGCAGACAUACGGCAAAUUGCCUAGAAGGACGAAGACCAACUGGAAUGUGCGAGUCACGUCCUUCAUCCAGGCAACCUUCAUUUGCUACCAGGCCCUCAGGGUUAUUACCCAGGACACGUCCCGACAGAACACUGACUACGAUGCCAGACUGUGGGCAUACUCCAGGGGCAGUGGUGACGCUCAAGCGUUUGCCGCGGGCUAUUUCCUGUGGGAUGUCGUGGUGAGCGUCCAACAUUUCCAGAUAUUGGGGCCGACAUCCCUCAUUCAUGCGCUGUCUGCUUUAAUGAUUACCAGCCUUGGCUUUCGGCCGUUUGCGAAUUUCUACGGCGUCAACUUUGUCCUUUAUGAAUUAUCGACGCCAUUCCUCAACAUCCAUUGGUUCCUAGACAAACUUGGGAAGGCCGGUGGGCGCUACCAACUCUGGAAUGGCAUUUGUCUCAUCAUUACGUUUUUUGGCUGCCGAUUGGUAUGGGGCACUUACCAAACAAUCAACCUGAUGGCGGAUACAUGGCGGGCAUGGGGUGAUGUCGGAACUGGAAAGUGCUUGGAUGCUUUCAUGACGGUCAGAGCAGAAGGGAGCCAAAUCGCCGUACCGGUCCAAGACUUUUGCUACGACAACUUCCCGUCCGGACUCCUGCUCACUUAUAUCAUCAGUAACACCUUACUUAGUGGACUCAACGUAUAUUGGUUCGGGCUGAUGCUCAAAGCGUUGGGUCGGCGAUUCAACAAGAAUGUUGACAAGAAACAGGAAUGA